AUGCGAAACCAUUCUCGUUCACCGAUUCCCGAGGAUCCGCGAAAUGACACGAAAAUGAGGACGAAUCCACAAAUGAGCGUUUUCACUGGCGAAAGGGAGAAUAGCGAGAAUGAUUUUACAGUGGAUCCAAGCUCUCUGCCCGGCGUUCACCCAAUCCCGCGAGCCUUCAAUCGCUACAUUUUCUCGCAGCUCGAACCCGGGGAAUACUAUGCGAAAUCAUCCACCCAACUACUUGGCCCUUUCGCCAACGAACCCAACGAAAGCCAUUUGCCAUCGAAUGAAGAUUUCGUCAUCAUGAGGAGAAUGGCCAAACUUCCCAACGGACGAUUGGCUUUUCAAAAAGUGGCCGAGGGAGCUAAAUUGACAAAGAAAUGGCUAUCGGAAGUGAUGGAAACACAUUUCGAUGAACAGCCGACCGUUAAAGAGGUGUCCUGUCUUGGCCCAGAGACGCUCGGCUACAUGUCAACGAUGAGACGAGUGCAUUUGCAAUGGGAGAAUCCAGCUGACAAACCAACUUCCGUUAUUAUAAAGUUGCCCAAUGUGACCGUUGCAUCGGAGGCGUGGAGCAAAUCGGCGGAGAAUGGCCACGAAAUGGACGACUAUGGUGGUGAUGUGAUCACGAUGAUGCACAAUUGUGAAACGAGCGUCUACAAUUGUCUAUCGAAAUAUCCAGAAUUCCGUCUCUCGAUUCCUUUCCUGUACUCGGCACUCGACGUCUCAACUGGAACACCAAUCAUUGUCAUGGAGGAUUUGGAGAAAGCUAUCACUUUUGAUGUCGCUGAGGGAUUCAAUGAGAAACAACUAUUCGCCAUUGUUGACGAACUGGUGAAAUUGCACGCGCUUAGCUACAAGUACGAUGAAGUGAAAAACUGUGGAAUCAAAGAGUCAACUCUGACUCACAUGGAACAAUUCCAGAAGUUGGUACUCGGAGUCGCGGAGCAAUUGUACAAGCAAAACCCCGAAUACCUUGCCUCAGUGGAUGUGUUGAUUCGAAAUCAUUUGACGAAAGACUGGUUUCAAGAUCUUUUCGAGGCGAUCAAAAGCGAUCCGAACACCGUCCUAUGCCAUGGAGAUCUGUGGUCACCACAAAUUUUGUGGAAAGCCGAGAAAAUCGCUGCGAUCGUUGAUUGGGCGCUGUGCAAGGAGGGACCGGUGACCGUCGACCUGAUGCACGUGCUUUCAAUGAGUGUACCGGUGAAAUUGAGGCACGAAUCUUUCGAGAAACUCCGGGAUUAUUACCUGGCACAGUUGAAAACGAAAAUGGAAUCGAUCGGACUGGAGUCACCGAUUACAAAGGAAACCUUUCAAGAAAGCUACAAGCGAAUGUUGCCCUAUACGGCCGCGAUGGGCGUUUUCUCCGCGGGAAUGUGGAGCAAUUCGCCGGUACUGAAACGGGGAAAAGACGACGAUGAUGCGCGAAUUAAAGAAAUCAUGCAUCGAUGCAAGGAAAUUGUUGAAGAAACCGUGAAAGCUUAUGAUUGGAAA